GUGGCAGUGGCUGCGGCCCCGGCCGGCCCGGCUCCUCCUCCCCUUCCUCCUGCCGAGGCUGACGUGGAGUCAACCGCGCGGGCGGCCGCAGGAGGCGGCGACACGGCGGCUCGGAGGCGCCGGGCCCUCUCGGGGCCGCGCGGCGGGAGGAAGGGGAGGAGGAGGAGGAGGUGGGCAUCGGAGUAGCCCGCCCGCGCUUGGACGAGGAGGCCAUGAGCGGCGACCGGACCGAGAGCGACUGGCAGGGGCUGGUGAGCGAGUACCUGGUGUGUAAAAGGAAGCUGGAGAGUAAAAAGGAAGCACUGCUGAUCCUUUCCAAGGAGCUGGACACGUGCCAGCAGGAGAGAGACCAGUACAAACUCAUGGCCAAUCAGCUUCGAGAAUGUCACCAGUCGCUGAAGAAGAAAUACCGAGAGCUGAUUGAUGGAGAUCUGUCACUUCCUCCUGAAAAGCGGAAACAGGCCAAUCUUGCACAACUAUUGAGAGAUUCUCAGGACCGAAAUAAACAUCUGGGAGAAGAAAUUAAAGAACUUCAACAAAGGCUUGGAGAAGUCCAGGGCGACAAUAAGCUCUUGAGGAUGACAAUCGCCAAGCAGAGGCUCGGAGAUGAAGAAAUCGGGGUGCGGCACUUUGCGGCUCACGAGCGUGAAGACCUGGUUCAGCAGCUGGAAACUGCUAAGGAGCAGAUUGAGUCUUUGGAGCAUGACCUGCAGGCCUCUGUGGAUGAGCUUCAGGAUGUUAAGGGAGAACGGUCCUCCUACCAGGACAAAGUGGAAAGGCUAAACCAGGAGCUAAACCAUAUCCUGGGGGGGAACGAGAACCGCAUCAUUGACGUGGAUGCCCUGUGCAUGGAGAACAGGUACCUUCAAGAGCGAUUAAAGCAACUUCACGAAGAGGUCAACCUCCUGAAAUCUAAUAUUGCCAAAUACAAGAAUGCUCUUGAGAGACGGAAAAAUGCAAAGGGCCAGAGUAGAUCCAGCAGCAGUGCUCUGACUGGCGUCCUGUCUGCAAAGCAAGUCCAGGAUUUGUUAUCUGAGGAUCACGGAUGCAGUCUCCCAGCCACUCCACAGUCAAUUUCUGAUCUGAAAUCUCUGGCAACUGCCCUGUUGGAGACGAUCCAUGAGAAAAACAUGGUCAUCCAGCACCAGAGGCAAACCAACAAAAUCCUUGGAAAUCGGGUGGCUGAACUGGAGAAAAAAUUAAGAACUCUGGAAGUUUCUGGUUUGUGGAGUCUUCCAGGCCUGAGCUACAAUGUUUCAGUGGGAUUUGGGAGAGGCAAGGACACCAUCCUGUUCAGCGACCCCACUCUUCCCACCAUGCAGAGAUCGAGAUCCCCACUGCUGAAAUUCAUUGAGCAGCCCACUGAGAGCAAAGUGAAUCCCAGGGAUGGGGAGGUGCAGAAGCAAGAACGAGAUGAAAGUUGUGCCACUGCCGAGGUGUCGACAGCAAGCCAGAGCCACGGAAACCAGAGCAAGCACUUUCAUCCUUCAUUACCCCAGUUACGUUCUGAGGAAGAAGAAGUAAACAGACUUGGAAGGGAAAUGAUUAAACUGACAAAGGAACAGGCAGCCGGGGAACGGGAAGGAGUCAGAAGAGAGAGUCCUGGGGAGGGUGAGAGGAACGAGACGGGGCCAUCCCCGCUGGGCCUGGCCUCCAGGGGAGAACUCCCCAACCCUUGCCCAGACCCCUUGGAGUCCAGUCAGCCGGCAGCCGAAGAGUCCACACUGGAAGACAGCAAGGAGGUCCCAGAGGGCGAAGGCACAAGGGACACUGUGAAAACAUGACAGGAAAAGGCUUAGGCCUGAUGACACAUUGAAGGCACCGGGGAUGGUAAGGAAUUAAAAAUCAGAACAGCAUGCAGGAGUCGCCUUCUCCUAGAACACCUCCAAGGCUGCAGGUGGGAGAACACUCCAAUCCUGUUGCAAACUGUGAACGUUCCAACGAUGCCAGUUCAGUAUAAUUUAUUAAACGCGGGUCUUCAAGCUUCUUGGUAUCAUCUCUUUCUGCCGAAGACACACCGCUGUGAACAUGGCAAGGCACGGGAAUUGUGCCCACCAUAUGGCUGGUUUUCAGCGUCCGUCUUUCUGUCAGCACUUGUUUCGUUAUAGAUAAGAGGUUUCUCUGUUAAGGUUUAAUGUGGUCAAUCAGAAUUAUGGGGAGAGGUUGAAACUGACAGGGUUUUCAUCAGGGCCCCCACGUUGUAAUGGUUAGGCAGGUGAAGAGAAAGGUGGAACUGAGCCAUUGCUACACUUCACCGGACCGUGGGACCCCCCCGGCGUGGGUGCCCCUGACUUCCCACCUGCAGCGCUGUCUGUUGUGCUCCGGCUGGCAGGUGGAAAGGGUUGUUGCAGCAGGCUUAAGACAGUCGGGCUUCUGGUAGGAAAUCCACAACCCUUGGUGAAGGCUGUUUGCUGACAGCUAGAGUUGAGCUUUCCGACCUGUAUUUCUGGAGGAUUCAUUGACCUGGAGGGGACUCCCAGUGGUGUUUGAUUUUUGUGUUUCUGAGAUGAGAUGAGAGGUAGAGCCUGGAAAGGCUGGUCCUCUCCUUUCAACCCAGGCUGCAUUUAGGAUUUUAUGGUCGUUUGGGGUUUAGAAAGAUAACAGCUGCUUAGAGAAAUCCAGUUUCCCAUACCACCUGAAACCACAAACCCUUCACUCACUUAACAAAAUGUUACCACUGCCUUCUCUGUACUGUGUACUGGGGUUUUAAAGACACAGAGAUAGUGGCCCCAUGGAGAAAAGACAGAGGAAAAUUUACAAAAACAAAACAAAACAAAAACACUUGAUUGCAGCACCAUAAGGAGACCAGUGGAGCCAAGUACAAGGUCCAAGGGUGGGAAAGAGGGGAAUGGGCAACCCUACUUGGUUAUUUCUUUUGGAAUAAAAAUGAGCAUUUCUAGGUGGCAUCUGGUGCUGCAGAAAAUGGAAGAUCAUGCACUGUAGCCCUUUCUUUGAGUGGAGCUCAGUUCAUCAGCCCAGGAAGGCCUGAUAUGAGAUCCUAAAGCCCAGAACACCUCCAAGAACCAGAAUCAGUCCUUUGAGACACCCUCCUGCCGGAAAAAAAGAGGCUCCCAAGGUGGCUGGGGUGGAAAGUCUUUCCUACAUACAGGAUGCUUGUACCAGGCUUGUGGUCCUAGGCAUGAAACUUGCACAUGGGGAAACAGUGCUCCCCCACCCCCCACCCCACCUCCAGUACUUCCCUGCCAGAUUUCGUCUGACAUCUCUCAGCUAGCAGGGUAGGAAUCCCAUCUGGUUUCAUGCUUGCUCUCUCUGAAGAUGGCAAAGUGCAGACAGAAAGGGUCCUGUCCCUUGCCAGAUGCAUGCUUAGGGGGCAUCCAGCUGCUUUCUCCCACUCACCAGAGGUCACCCCCAUCCAGCCAAAUGGGCAUGCCCCAGUCAGUUCACUGUUGCUCCUGCCUAGAUGGACAGGCCACGUGCCCCUGCCCGCCGUGCCCCAGUGCUCCAUCCAUCCCUCCUCACUCUGCCCUGCACCGGCCCACCCCACAGCUCCCCUUCAAGGGAGGCUGCUGCCGCAGCUGCAGAGCUCACACAGGCCAGCAGCCACAGAAGUAAUUUUUCCCGCUGGGCUAGGCCUCAACUGUCUGCAGACCUUCAGCACUGCCACGUAGGACGCCAGAGCCACCAAAGGAAAACACAGCCAAAUUUAAUAAAAUAAUAAUAAAAAAAAAUUUCUCCCAGCAGAAGCUCUGGUUUUGAUACCCAGUCUACCGGGUGUACAUCUUUAGGGACCAUCAUCGCCUUCUGGGAAGCAGGACUUCUAAUAAACACACAUUCCAUCACAGUCAGGAAAACUGCAGUGAGUCCUAGAGAGUCAGGGGUUUGAGGGGAGGGGUGUGCAUGGGGGGGGGAGGGGGUGUAACCAGAAGUUCAUGUGUGCAGUCAGCCUGGGAAGGUCUUGUGUUAGUAGAUGGAAUUGGGACCACUGAGUUGAUCUUGUUAUAUGUGUAACUGUGACAACACCCAGGAUACAACUGUGACAUUGCCCCACCUCUGCAAUCCUGACUCAACAUGGCUGUUCUGUUUCACCGAUAUUAAAAAGAGUUUCAGCAAUUA